AUGCUGGCAGCGCCCGCCCCCGCGCCCGGCGGGCUGCAGCCGAUUACUGUUGAGCCGCCGCCGGCCAUAGAGGCCGGGGGCUACCUCGUUCCCGGCGUCAACGACGGCUGGACAUGGGAUGACGAUUACAAUCCGCAGGCUCUGGCCCGCGCCGCCCGCGCCGCGCGCGAGCCCGCCCAAAGCCCCCGCGCGGCGCUGCUGCAGCGCCGCCGUGACGCCGAGGCCGCGCGCGUGCCGACCGUGAUCACCCGCCUGCCGCAGCACCUGGGGCGAGAGACAACCGGGAACGGCGUGCUGCUUGUUGACAAGCCCCUCGAAUGGAGCGCGCUCGAUGUGGCCGUGGCCGUCAAGCGCGCCGUGCGCACCAAGCGGGCCGGCCACGCGGGCGCGCUUGACCAGGGGGCGACGGGGCUGGUGAUCAUCUGCCUAGGCGACGCGACGCGGCUCGUGCCGCGCUUUGCGCCUCUGCCGCGGGCCUACAGCGGUGUGAUUCGCCUGGGCGCCACCACGGCCACCGACGACGCGAGCGGUGAUGUCAUCGAGCGGCUGCCCUGGGGCCACGUGACGGACGCAGACCUGGAAGCUGCCGGGAAGGCGCUGACGGGCGAAAUUAUGCAGGUCCCCUCCGUUUGGAGCAGCACCAAAAUCGACGGGCGCCCCGCCUAUUGGUACGCCAACCGCGGAGAGCCCCGCACCCUGCCCCCCCGCGCCGCCGUUAUCUCAUCGCUGUCCCUCUGGCGCGAGCCCGGCUCCAACGACGUCGGCUUCCGAUGCGAGUGCGGCCGCGGCGCCAGCAUGCGCGCGCUCGCGCGCGACCUGGGCGCGGCGCUCGGCUGCGGUGCGCACCUGCUGUCGCUGCGGCGGGAGGGGAUCGGGGGUUUCAGCCGCGCGUGGACGCUGGACGUGUUCCUGCCGCUCGCGAAGCGGUUCGCCAAGGGCUUCCGCGACAGCCCCGCCGGGCCCGGGUGA